UCACGGCUCCAGUCGCGCUCAGGUAGACGGGAAGAGCUGCAGAAAGGGUUGAAGUCACCUUUCAAGCUCCAUCAUGGCAGUGAACGGCACGGCGAACAUACUGAGCUCUGCUUAUCUGGCAGUGGAGUACGUAGAUGCUGUGCUGCCAGAAAAUCCCCUGCAACCCUCCCUGAAGCAAGCAUGGACCUACAUGCUGGACAACUACACCAAGUUCCAGAUUGCCACCUGGGGCUCGCUAAUUGUCCAUGAGUUCAUUUACUUCUUGUUCUGCCUGCCUGGUUUCAUCUUCCAGUUCAUGCCCUUUAUGCAGAAGUACAAGAUCCAGCAGGACAAGCCAGAGACUUGGGAGAAACAGUGGAGAUGUUUCAAGAUGCUGCUGUUUAACCAUUUUUUCAUCCAGUUUCCUUUAAUCUGUGGCACAUACUAUUUCACAGAGUACUUCAGCAUCCCCUAUGACUGGGACUCCAUGCCACGCUGGUCGGCCCUCGUGGCCCAGUGUUUCGGCUGCGCUGUCAUUGAGGACACCUGGCACUACUUUCUCCAUCGCCUGCUGCAUCACAGACGGAUCUACAAAUACAUCCACAAAGUCCAUCAUGACUUCACGUCUCCAUUCGGUAUGCAAGCAGAAUAUGCUCAUCCAGCUGAGACGCUCAUCCUUGGAGCUGGUUUCUUCAUCGCCAUCAUGGUCUUCUGUAACCACGUGUUCUUCCUCUGGGCUUGGGUGGCCUUCCGUCUGAUGGAAACCGUUGACGUCCACAGCGGUUACGACAUCCCUCUGAACCCACUCCACUUGAUCCCAUUCUACGCUGGUGCCCGUUUCCAUGACUUCCACCACAUGAACUUUGUCGGGAACUACGCGUCCACCUUCACCUGGUGGGAUAAGCUGCUGAACACAGACAACCAGUACAAUAAACAUCUGCAGAAACAUGGAGACAAGAAAGAGCAGUGAAGCGCCUGCAGCUCUGCUCACCAACACACUCAUACCUGUUCUUUCAGCAGAAGGAGGACUCAAAUGGCGCUGCUUGUCUUCUCUACACAUUUAAAAGAUCAUACACAAUAGAGGUUGUCAAAAAAAUUAUCAGCACUGCUGUGUUUUGAUUCUCAAUCGGACUGCAGAUCAUCUGCUCUCUGUGCCUUAAUAAAUAAAAAUGAGAAAAAAGAAAAGAACUUCACUGUCUGUUUUGUCAACAGCAGUCGCUAAAUGAAAAAGAAAGAAAAGGUUUUGCUUUGCAUUAUCAAGUUAAAACAUGUGUACCAUUUUUACUUGCUGUGAAAUGCUGCUGUUUACCUCUGAAUGUUUCAGCACUUUAGCACUUCUCCUUGAGCUGAUAUGAAUCUAAGCAACUCUUUCGUAAGUUCCUUCAGUAGUGGAAGCAGGAACUGCAGCAGUGCAGAGGAAACUCGUCUAAACCGAGUGCUGCCUUCUCAGAUAAGUCAGAUUUGUUUGGUGCAUGUUAUAUUUUAAAUGUAAAGGUAAUUGGCCCAAAUGGCUCUUGAAGGUUGUUCAAAUAUAUAUAUUUUUAUGGUAAUAACAAUCCUGUUUAAAUUUGAUCAAAAAGACACAUAAUAUGUUUUUUUUUUCCUGUAUUUGUCACAUUAGAAUAAAUUAUGUGAACCCUUUAAACAAAAGCUUGGUCAUAUUGAAGUUUAUUUUAACUGAAUUUGAGUGAGUUGUGAUAUGUGCCUUAGAAUUUGAAAUAUACUUUCUGCUGUUAACAAACAGAAGUGCUACUGUAAAGAAUAGGAUGACUUGAGGUUGUUUUGGUACAGCGGCAUUAAGCUGCAUGUGUAUAUAUCCCUCUGCUGCACUGAGGUCACUCCCUACAUCGCCAUCCUGCACGCAAACUUGUCAAGCCAGCAUCAGCGGCCCAUGAACAGGAAGUGUGGCCGUUUUUCAUAAAGGCAUUGAAAAUGUACAAGGCAUGAGGUCAGCAAACAAAGUUUAACUGUUAAAAUCACUUAUGGACUCUAAA